GAAAUUCCUGGCUGCCUCUCUGACUCUUCUCUUUAUCCCAGCCAUCACCUGGAUUUACCUGUUUGCUGGGAGCUUUGAAGGGUUUCAUCGGCAUGGAAAACCCAAGUCUGUCUCAAUCGGAGAAACAAAAUAGGCCAUAAACCAUGGGAGCAUUGACAGAUACGUGUCCUUUUGCUAACUGAAUGCCUCUUUCAGCUGGUCCAGCCCUUCCACCACCCCCCAGACAUGAACCGACUCAGAACCUAGAAAAUCUGUGAAGAAACAUGUCUGCUUCAGAGUUUUUCAACUUAAUAUGGAAAGCCAGUGUCCCUGUCCCCAAUGGAGUCCCAAGCCAACAGCCCACGUUACACAGCCUCCAGCCAGAGGGAGCGUGAGAGCCUGGAAGUGCGGGUGCGGGAAGUGGAGGAGGAGAACAGGGCCCUGCGCAAGCAGCUCAGCCUGGCGCAGAAUCGCGGCCCGACCCAUCGCCGUGGCAACCACUCCAAGACCUACUCGAUGGAGGAGGGGACCGGGGACAGUGAGAAUCUGCGGGCCGGCAUCGUAGCCGGGAACAGUUCCGAGUGUGGGCAGCAGCCAGCGGUGGAGAAGUGUGAGACGAUCCACGUCGCCAUCGUCUGCGCCGGCUACAAUGCCAGUCGGGAUGUCGUCACCCUGGUCAAAUCAGUCCUGUUUCAUAGACGGAACCCUCUUCACUUCCAUCUCAUCGCAGAUGCAAUUGCCAAGCAGAUCCUGGCAACCCUGUUCCAGACCUGGAUGGUCCCGGCUGUGCGAGUUGACUUUUACGAUGCCGAUGAACUCAAGUCUGAAGUGUCCUGGAUCCCCAACAAGCACUACUCUGGAAUUUACGGCCUGAUGAAGCUGGUUCUGACCAAGACCCUCCCCACCAACCUGGAACGGGUCAUCGUCUUGGACACAGAUAUCACCUUCGCCACUGACAUAGCGGAGCUGUGGGCGGUGUUUCACAAAUUCAAAGGCCAGCAGGUUCUGGGUUUGGUGGAGAAUCAAAGCGACUGGUACCUAGGGAAUCUCUGGAAGAACCACCGGCCCUGGCCAGCCCUUGGGAGAGGCUACAAUACGGGCGUGAUCUUGUUGCUUCUGGAUAAACUGCGGAAGAUGAAGUGGGAACAGAUGUGGAGGCUGACGGCGGAGAGAGAGCUGAUGAGCAUGCUCUCCACAUCAUUAGCUGACCAGGAUAUCUUCAACGCGGUCAUCAAGCAGAACCCCUUCCUCGUCUAUCAGCUCCCCUGCUUCUGGAACGUGCAACUCUCUGACCACACCCGGUCCGAGCAGUGCUACCGGGAUGUGUCCGAUCUAAAGGUGAUCCACUGGAACUCCCCAAAGAAGCUGCGGGUGAAGAACAAGCACGUGGAGUUCUUCCGCAACCUCUACCUGACGUUCCUGGAGUACGACGGGAACCUCCUGAGACGCGAGCUGUUCGGCUGCCCCAGCGAGGCCGACGUCAACAGCGAAAACCUCCAGAAGCAGCUGUCGGAACUGGAUGAGGAUGACCUCUGCUAUGAAUUUCGGCGGGAGCGCUUCACCGUCCACCGCACCCACUUGUACUUCCUGCACUACGAGUACGAGCCCGCCUCGGACAACACCGACGUCACCCUUGUUGCCCAGCUGUCCAUGGACAGGCUCCAGAUGCUGGAGGCCAUCUGCAAGCACUGGGAGGGACCCAUCAGCCUGGCCCUCUACCUGUCGGAUGCCGAGGCCCAGCAGUUCCUCCGCUACGCCCAGGGCUCCGAGGUCCUCAUGAGCCGCCGCAACGUGGGCUACCACAUCGUGUACAAGGAGGGCCAGUUCUACCCCGUCAACCUCCUGCGCAACGUGGCCAUGAAGCACAUCGGCACGCCCUACAUGUUCCUGUCCGACAUUGACUUCUUGCCUAUGUAUGGGCUCUAUGAGUACCUCAGGAAGUCUGUCAUCCAACUGGACCUCGCCAACACGAAGAAGGCUCUGAUCGUCCCAGCCUUUGAGACCCUUCGCUACCGCCUGUCCUUCCCCAAGUCGAAAGCGGAGCUGCUGUCAAUGCUGGACAUGGGGACGCUCUUUACAUUCAGGUAUCAUGUCUGGACAAAAGGCCACGCGCCCACCAACUUCGCCAAGUGGCGAACCGCCACCACCCCGUACCGGGUGGAGUGGGAAGCUGACUUCGAGCCGUACGUCGUGGUGAGGCGGAACUGCCCCGAGUACGACAGGAGGUUUGUGGGAUUCGGCUGGAACAAGGUGGCUCACAUCAUGGAACUGGACGCACAGGAGUACGAGUUCACGGUGCUGCCCAAUGCCUACAUGAUCCACAUGCCUCACGCCCCCAGCUUCGACAUCACCAAGUUCCGCUCCAACAAGCAAUACCGCAUCUGUCUCAAGACCCUGAAGGAAGAGUUUCAACAGGAUAUGUCCCGCCGCUACGGCUUCGCCGCCCUGAAGUAUCUCACGGCCGAGAACAACAGCUAGCACGACGGAGACGAGAGACGCUGGGGAACGAGACGCUGUAGGGAAGACCCACUUGUCGUCGCCUGGGGCCCAGUUGUGAACUCAGAACUGAGAGGCGCAUUUCGUUUGGGUUUAUUAGGUUGUAUUCAGAGCCGGCCCUUGGAACCCCAGAGGCCGCCUCUUCCCACUUCCAGCCGCAGCGCAUAUGGGACGCAGACGGGAAGGCCUCCCACACGGCCCAAAACGGGAUUGGGGAAAGUGGCGGAGAGAGGGGGAAGGGAAGGGGCGAUGGUCAUUUCCUUUCCACGGGAACCGCCCGACGGUGGCAGGUCUUCGGAGCGAAAGGUUUCACGUGGCUCUUUAAUAACCAAGUUUCAUCUGGAGAAAAAGGAAGUCUCAGGGUCGCCUUCCUGUGAAUAAAAGCCUCGCUUCUCCAAAAGGGAACAGUUCCUUUUGCUCUAGCAAUCCAGGGAGAUCUCCGUGUGCCGGGCAAGCCAAAGGUCUGAUUUAGCCAUUUGUCUACCUGGAAAGCGAAGGGGCACGUACUAUGUCCUUCAGAUGGCAAAGCCCAUCAGUGUAGUGAGGAACCGUCUUUACUUGAAUACAGUGUGGGAUGGAUUCUUGCUCUCCCAUAGGUCUUUUCCACUCCUCUCACACACUGAUAGGCCCUCCCCCUCCCCUGUGGCUAGAAAAGACGGCCAGAUAUACAGAUAUGCGUGUGUUGACGUGUAAGAGUGCACAUAAUAGGAAGGAAAAUGGAACUGCCCUUGGCUUAUGCCAGUAGGUAGCUUGGGAUGGCUAUUUACCUGCUCCGGAUCUUUUUAUAGUCUGGGAGUCCAGAGAAACAAAACACCCUUUGAAGUUUCUUCAAGGAAGUGGCUGCCUUGAAGCUUCUCCUUCAGUUUUCCUGUUCCAGGACGGGAGAAGAGUGAAGCCGCCAUCUAAAUCUUAAAGGGCCCAGUCAGGAAGCGCCCCAAGGCAUGCCUUCACUCACGUCUCUCAGAGCAGGUGGUUGUGAUGAGGUCCCCUUUUCUACCGAGGGGAAGGGCUCCUCGCCAAAGACAGAGCCGUCCUGUCGGGGGUUCAGCGAAUGAUAUGGGUCGAACCUAUCCAGUUGACCUCAGGACCGGUCUGGCUGCCGUCGAGCUCCCAAACCGCCAGCCCUCAGAGAUCACUCGUCCGAUAGCGGACGACCCAGACGGGCUCCGGCGCGAGAAGCGAUCUCCUCGCCGGAUGGUAGCCAGAGGAAGAAAACACGUGAGCGCGGUGAGCGUCCGUGUUCUCUCCGGCGUGGGAAGGGACAGUUCACAGCCUUACUGGGCUUAGGGAUCCGCCAAGAGGACACGCCGUGGGGAAACUGAAAGCAGAUCAUGAGACACUGGACUUUUUACCAUUUUCUUUAUUCUUCUCUAUUAAUGUUGUGUUUACAUUGAUGCGAAAGAGGUUUAAUGCACUACCCCUCACUGGGCCGUUUGUAACGAGUCGCAGAGUGACCGGAGAGAGGAGACUCAAAUAAACAACAGAUCAGACUGUU